ACAAAUGGUCCUCCCCCUCCCGGUCCUCCACCGGUUCUUAGGAUUAACGAGCAAAAGGCGGAGCCUGCUCCGGCCGGCGGGUUUGGCGCUGUUUUCUCGGAGUUGAACCAGGGCGAGGCGGUGACCAAGGGUCUUAGGAAGGUCGACAAGUCUGAGAUGACGCAUAAGAACCCGUCGCUCCGCGCGAGCUCGGUGGUGUCGUCUGAGGGCUCUUCUGCUCGCGGGAAGAGCCCGGCUCCGGGGAAGAAGCCCAAGCCGGAGAGCAUGCGGGUUAAGAAGCCGCCCAAGAAGGUGCUUGAAGGAAACAAGUGGACCAUUGAAAACUACGACAGCCAAGACGAACCCAUCGAGAUUGAAGUCGAAAUGAGCCACUCCCUCCUCAUCUCCAAGUGCACCAAAACCACCAUCGUCCUCAAGGGCAAGGCGAACGCUGUCACGAUUGAAAACACGACGAGAUUGUCUCUUGUUGUGGAUGAUUUGGUCUCCACCAUUGACGCGGUCAAGUCGCAGAACUUGGCGCUGCAGGUCAUGGGGAAGAUUCCGACGGUGCUGUUGGAUCAGGUGGAUGGUGCGCAGAUUUACUUUAGUAAGGAGAGCAAGAGCACGAGGGUUUUCACGAGCAAGAGCACGGGGGUGAAUGUGAAUGUGAUUGGGGAGGAUGAUGACUACAAGGAGCUGCCGCUGCCGAAUCAGAUUUGUUCGUAUUAUGAUGAGGAGAAAGGGGAGAUGGUGAACGAGAUUGUUAGUCAUGCUGGCUAG